UCAGUCAGGAGCGUCUUAGUGCUCCUGUAUUAGACCACAGUGGGAGAGCUCCAGAGCAACAGCAGACAUGAGCGUUACCAUCGAGGAGAGGGGCAGGCCCAACACCAAUGAGUACAGGGUGUUUUUCAAAAACUCUGAGGGCAAAUACAUCUCCCCGUUCCAUGACAUACCCAUCUACGCAAACGAAUCAGAGAAUAUCUUUCAUGCCGUUGUGGAGGUUCCAAGAUGGACAAAUGCAAAGAUGGAGAUUGCCACCAAAGAUCCUCUCAAUCCACUGAAACAAGAUAUGAAGAAGGGGAAUCUCCGUUAUGUAGCCAAUGUGUUUCCUCACAAAGGCUACAUCUGGAAUUAUGGAGCUAUUCCACAGACAUGGGAAGACCCCAACCACAAGGACAGCGACACAGGUUGCUGUGGAGACAAUGAUCCUAUUGACAUAUGUGACAUAGGAAAUAAGGUGUGCUCUCAAGGGGAAAUAAUCAAAGUGAAGGUGUUGGGAACUCUGGCUUUGAUCGAUGAGGGUGAAACAGACUGGAAGGUCAUUGUGAUCAAUACUGAGGACCCGGAAGCCGCCGACUUUAACGAUAUUGAUGAUGUAAGACGACUUAAGCCCGGAUACCUGGAGGCCACUGUUGAUUGGUUCAAAAGAUACAAAGUCCCAGAUGGGAAACCUGAAAACCAGUUUGCUUUCAACGCAGAGUUCAAGGACAGGGACUUUGCCAUUAAAACAAUAAAGAGCACCAACGAAUUUUGGAAGGCACUGAUUUCUAAGAAGACCAAUGCUGGCGAGUUGAAUUGCAUGAACACCAGUGUCUCAGAUAGUCCGUUCUGCUGCUCUGUCGAGGACGCAGACGCUGUGGUGAAGUCUGCAUGUGCACUCGGAGCCCAAGAUCCAAUUCCAAGUUCAGUCGACACGUGGUUCUACUAUGAGAUGUAAGAGGGAAAAUCCUGGCCUGAAAACGUCAUUCACUUCUUCCUCCCGUCAUCUGAUUUCAACACAUCAGAGCAGUUCAUGAACUGGAUGGAUUGGAUUUAAU